AUGGCGUCCAUGUCGUUUAUUUCCUCUCAAGCGCAUUGGUCCCAGUCCAGCGCUCCCGUGGGCGCUUAUGGCGGCCAGACAACAACUUCAGUAGUGGACCCUUCUCCCGGUUCUCCCUUCGAUUUCGUUCCUCAAGAAAUGCGACCGCAGGCUCCUAUUCCUCAAAAGAGUGCGCCGCCCCCCUUGCCGUCGUUCUCGUUCCCACAGGCUCCCGAGCUGGGGUCGCCCGCCACGUCCUCUGAGCAGGCUGAUGGCCUCAACCAUCGAGACAAUGACCGGAUGACUGGAGAAUGCUUAGCUGCUGUUCCUCCACAAGCGGUUGCGACUGCGCCUGCUCAUCCAACUCUGCCGAAUCCUGGCCCUGGGCUGAGCGCUCGUGGUCCCGGCAGACGAGGACAUGCCCAUCGUAGAUCUGCCGCAAUAUCCAGCGUUGACCUCACCGCAAUCGCGAAGGCAUUUCCUCCCAAACCGGUCGUUGGGAGCACACCAUCCACGCCUAUGGAUACUAAGAAGCAUGCCCUGACUAGCGACGACUGUUCCGGAUUUAGCUCGCGUUCACUUCCUACUAAAGGUAUACAGACACCGCCUUUGACCCCACGCGCUUCUGAUGAUCAUUUGGGAACGUCACCGCAUGCUAAGCGACGGCACACUGAACCUGAUGAAUCGCGCCGCCCACUCUCUAUAAUUUCCUCGGAUGGUAGUGUGUCGACUUUACGUCCCAAUAACUUGCAAUCUGGCUGUCCGUCGCCUAAUACCAGAAGCGUGACCCCAACUGGUGAUCACACUAUCCGCCCUAAAACUGCUGGAGCGAAGUUCGACUUUGGCCCUUAUUUAUCAAGCGAACCUAACGAGGGCCUGGUGGCUGAAAGGCCACGUACCGCAUGUGCCUCUCUUGCUCUUUCGAAUGAUAAGCUCGGUGACAGCAUUACACCUCCGAACAUCCGUAUUCCAUCCCACCGACACCCAUUGUACAACUCAACCCUACCCGAGGAUUUAUCCCCAGCCUUACACCGUGCCCCGUCAAGCCGAAAACAAGCAAAAAAGCAAAAGAAAAUGCGUCCCUGGGCAGGCAUCCUUUCCCGAAAAGGAAAGAAAAGAACGACCAAAAGACCGCCCUCCAGGAGAGUUCCCACGCCGCCACCGAUACUUACUCGAACAAAUUCCGCUAUGAGCUCUUUGUACGGCGUAAAUUUUGAUGAUGACAACACAGUUGUAAUUCGAACACCCACUGACCCUAAUGCUCCAAGACAUCCGCUCGCUUCAAACUUGACAAAAGAUACUCUCAGUCUUGAUACGUCCUGGAAGCCUCAGAGCUUCUAUGACCAAGGGCGGGAUGUCGACUUGUUCAGUCCUGUUAUUGAUUUGGACGCUGCUCUAGGACCAUUCAACACCCCAGAAAUGGGCCCCGAGCGACCAGUCAGUGGCUUUGUUGCUGCAACGAAGCGAAUGUACAGUGGUGGUAGAAGAGGAGAGUUCGUUGGUCCAGAGAUGCGGUACCAUCGGCGUGCAGAGAGCGCCCCUGAGAUGCCUCCACUUGAUCGGAACGCGUUUGGUCUUAAUCGGUACAGCACGGCAGCACUACUCAGUGCAGAUGUGUUUGACGAAAAGGAAGAAGACGAGUUUCUCGCCGAAAAUAGCGAUUCUCGCCCAGAAGACCAACGUCGUCAAGUAGAACAUUCCUCUGAUAAAACUUCCUUCGAUAAUGAUGGAUCUACGAUCAAACGGAACUCCACUGCUACAAUUCAACUCAAGUUUUCGAAUAAUAACCCGGGCCUAGGAAUACAAAUCGUGGACAUUGCUGAUGAGCUUUUGUCUUCGAAUGCCACAACUCCUCAGACAAUUGAUAGCUAUCCAAGCUCUGCGAUGGUUUUGACGCCGUGCACUCCAGACAUGGAAAUAACCGGUACCCCUCGCAAGUCUAAGAUGCACGCAUCGUUGAAAGAUGCCAUCGAAAUUUUGGAUGUCGGGAGCUGGGGCUUGCAAUCGGAUAGGGCGUCAAUUCCAGCAUCUCCACCUUCGUCUCUCCAUUGCGAGAAAACUCAACAACAAACCCCUCCUACAUCCUCUCCACAACAAUCCUUCCCCAAGGCUAUCCCUUUGAACCUUGGCACAUUUGCCCCAGACUCUUCUUUUCCGUCUCCUGACCCUUCAACAACGUCGUUUGAGCACACUCGCCUAACAACUCCGUCUUCAGUCAUCGAAAAGCAAGCUUCCAACUCCAUAUACAGUGGCGAGCCUGGAAGUGAAUGUUUUCAUAACUCAGUGGAAGAUGUUCCUUCGCUUACUAGUAGCGCAUCCACUAUGACGGGGACGAUUCCUCAGAUGUCUUCUGGCCUCCAUCCCAGACCGGCGGGUGAUCGCUGCUCUUCUUUAUCUCUCUUGAAUCGCCCGAGACCGGCUUCGUCUCAGAGUACCAAGCGAUCGAGCCUUGUUAGCCUUUCUAGACUAGUGGGCGUAGCCUCAGGAGAGAAAAGUAAGCUCAGCCAUGAACAAAAGGCACCAUCUGAUGAGACGGAAAAGAAAAAAAAGAAAGGCAAUCGAAUCAGUCGCCUAAUGCACUUUUGGAAGAGCAAGGAAAAACAAAAGCAAGAUUCGCAAGCAUAA